GUCUUUUUAAACACUGAGCUAGAAAGUGAAACACCCCUAUUACCAGUUGCUCAUGUUGCCCCCUGUGCAAACACAUAUGUGCUUGAUAAAAGAAGCUGCAGAUGACUUAAGUUUUUUGUUGUUGUUUUUUUUGUAUCUGUGCACUGAUUUUCUUUGUGGUGUUUCUUUCUCAUUGCACAUUUACGUCAAAAUACCAGUUUGUGUUCCAUAGUUAUCCGUGUGGAUAAGGCCUGAGAGGAGAUGGCAGAAAAUAACUAAGAUUAUUGUAUUAUUAAAAUGAUCAUUAAUCACAAACAUUACCUUAAAAAAAAAUCCAAGCUUUCCCUUGGAACUGACCAGAGGUAAAGGAGCUGGCUUACAUUUUAGCUAGGUCUGCAACUCACUUUUAUCUUCUUGAUUAAUCGUGUACUUGUUUGGGCCAUAAAAUGUUAAAAAAUGUUGAAUGGUAAUUUUUCAAACAUGGAAAUGAUGAUGUUCUCAAAUGUCUUGUUUCAAAAUGAUUCGGUUUUAAUGAAUUCUGUGUUACAUGGAGCAAAGAAACCAGAAAAUAUUCACAUUUAUUUUAUAUUCACAUUAAUCAUUGCAGCCCUAAUUUCAGCAGGAGUUCUAAGUGGCGCUCUGUGCAUUUAGUCAAUGUUUGACAGAAAGUGCAUAGUACAAAGAAUAUAAACCCUAGCCAGGCACAUAUUUAGUAUCUAAACAAAUAAAAUAAUACAAAAGUUUACAUGUGGCAAGAAAACAAUAAAAUACAUAAUUAACAUGAAAUAUAUCAGGGAUGAAAAUGUCACGUACCUCUUUUCUUGGCGUCUCACAUCAAUUAGGAAGGCGGGAGAUUCAGGUGCACCUACAAAAACGGACAACGGGGAAACAUACAGCCGAAAAAAAAGUUCCACAUGUAUCGGGUAAAACAACGGAAAGUUAAAUUGUAUUAUUAUAUAAUUGUGUAUUAUGACCACACAUAUUACAGAAUAAUAAUUGUAAGGACAAUCUGAGUUAGUCACUGUCCGUCAGCAGUGUUUUUGUUGUAACUCCAGGGGGCGCAGUGGCUUCGUAAGCGACUCAAGCAACCGCUCUGUUAGAGUAACCAGGGCAACCGUGUCCGCUGUAACUACACACACACUCCCGUACCUCUGUCGCGUAUGUUUUGGUUCAAACUAUGAUGGUGAAAAGUCGCAGACGUUUGCGUUUCAUGAGAGGAAAGUGACAGAGUCCACCUGUCCUCCAGUGUCCUCCUCCUGCUGUGUCCUUGUGUGUUAACUCACCAGUCAAAGUUAGGGACAAAGAGACAAGUGAGAAACAACGAUGGACGGACAGAGAGACAGCAGCAGUGAGCGGAGACUUCAGUCUGCUGCCGUCUUCAAGGCUUUUCUGUCGAAAAACAGCACGAAGAGCAACACGAACCUCUAUGACCACCUCACCCGGUUGCUACUGAAGGUGAUGGAUGAGCAGCCACACAAUGCGGUGGAUGUUAUUGAGGAUUUGAGCUAUGAUGUCAAACAGGACUUGUUUGAGGACAGACAGAGUAACCUGCGAGACCUUCCACAGACGACAGCGGCUGAGCUGCUGGCUGAGAAACAACGACUCCUGUUCACUCAGCAAGAAGACGAGCAGGAGGAUGAGCUGGCAGAAACACCUCUCCCUAAUGUAAGUGAGAUUGGCUUCUACCUGGAACAAGCUGGAGUGGGUAUGGGUAGAGAGGAGUUGCAGCGGGUCUUUCUCGCCCUGAAGCAGCUUGUCGAGUCGCAGCCUGUGAUCCAACGCUGCCGACUGUGGGGCAAGAUUCUGGGAACACAGAGCAACUACAUUGUCGCUGAAGCUGAGUGCAAGGAGUGGGAGGACGAAGAGGAGGAGAAAAUCGGUGAUGAAGCAGCUGAGGAAGAAGAGAGAGAGGCCGAGACUCGGGAGGGGGACGAGAAUGAGAUGGAUCCACUUCCUCAGUCGACCUAUAAACCCCCACCAGUGGUGCCAAAGGAGGCAAUGGGAACAGGUGCUAACAGGUUUGUUUACUAUGUGUGUAAAGAGCCUGGUCUUCCAUGGGUGAAGCUCCCAUCAGUCAGUCCUGCACAGAUCACUGUUGCACGUCAGAUCCGCAAAUUCUUCUCAGGGAGGUUGGACUCUCCAGUAAACAGCUACCCCCCUUUUCCUGGGAACGAAGGCAACUACCUGAGAGCACAGAUCGCUCGCAUCUCUGCUGGUACACAGGUCAGCCCCCAAGGCUUCUUCCAGACUGGGGAGGAGGAAGGAGAUGAGGAAGACGAGGCACCGAGAGACAGUUAUGAUGUAAAUCCUGAUUUUGAGGGCAUUUCAGUUGCUGAGAUGGUUGAGUCUUUGUCCACCUGGGUCCAUCAUAUUCAGCACAUCCUGCAGCAGGGUCGUUGUACUUGGGUAAACCUGGCUGUGAAACGAGAAGAAGACCAGAAUGAGGAUGGAGAGGCUGAGGAGACAGAGGAGGAGCCUGAUGAGCCUGAGCAAGAAGUUGGGCCUCCCCUGCUCACUCCCCUUUCCCAAGAUGCAGAAAUAUUCAACACCCCUCCAUGGACCACCAAGCUGUCCUCCACUCUCACCUCCCAGCAUGCAGCAGCCAUGCUGCGCUCUAACCUCUGGCCAGGAGCUUAUGCAUAUGCUUGUGGAAAGAAGUUUGAGAACAUUUACGUUGGAUGGGGCCUGAAGGACGUAGGGGAAGGGUACAGCCCACCUUUACCCCCGUUGCCACAGAAAGAAUAUCCCAGUGGACCAGAAAUCACAGAGGCACAGGAUCCAUCAGUGGAGGAGGAGCAGGUUCUGGAAGAAGCUUUGGACGAACAGGAAGCAGAGCAGGAGGAGCUGGACGACACAGAUGAAGGGGAACUGUUAGAUGAUGACUGAGAAAACAAGAAGCUUUCGAGACGCCUCAGUCAAACUCAAGUCCAGUUGCAGAUUUCUUUAACGUGUUCAGCUUUCUUGUUAAAUUCUAUUAAUUAAUGUUUGGAGUAACUAAUGACUUUGCACUUUUCAAAACAAUGUUACAAAGUGCUUUCCAUAAAAUAAAAAAAUAACAGCAGUGAUGAUGAUUAAGGCUUUCUGUCCCAUACAUAGAUACAUUUCUAUAUUGCCUAUUUUUAAAUUAUGCUUUUUGUCUCAGCUAAAAAAAUGUAUAGAAAGGUGAUUAAAACUUUCUAAAACCAUUUUUUUAUGACAUGUUUACUGUGAUUAUUGUUAUUUAAUUUUUGGUUCCUUGAUUAAAAAAACCAUGAUUAUACUAUUGGACCCCUUCAAUAAAGUU